UUGAAAUUUUAGUGAUUCGAGAAUUAUCGUCUGCCAUGGAGUCUUAUUUUUACGCAACAAGUUCUGAUUGUAAUUCUGUCGUAUAUUCACCCAAAUUAUGUCAUUUGUGCGUUGUUUUUCAAUUCGGUCGCGGAUAUUGCAGAAAUAUCACAUUCGUUUGACAAAAUCCGCUUGAGUGUAUUGUUUGUAAUUCAGUCGACCCUGGAGACAUCUUGUGAUAAAAAACCCGCAAGUUGCCUCUGUCUGAUUUUGUCUUCACGUGAAAAGGCAACAAAAUCGGAUUGGUGCUAACAAAAAAUCGACAACCAUGGAUCCCGAUAUGUCUUGGGACGCAGAUAACUUUGAGCCUAAAUUGCCGACCACGUUGACGUCUUCGAAUAAAUGGGAAGGCGAAGAUGAGGAAGAGGUCGUAAAGGAAAGUUGGGAGGAUGAGGAGGAAGAAAAAAAAGAUGAAGAGAAAAAGGAUCUUGCUCCACCUCAACCAAAGCCUAAAAAGAAAAUACAAGACAAAAUAGCAGAAAAAGAGCGCUUAGAAAAAGAGAAAGCUGAACGUAUGGCAGCAGAAAAGGCACUGGAAGAGCUCACACCUGAAGAAAGGCUAGCCGAGAAACUCCGGCAACAGAAGUUGCAAGAAGAAUCGGACCUGCGACUCGCCAUGGAAACAUUUGGCGUUUCUGAAGGUGGCGGAGGUAAACUGGACAGUUUCCAUCCGACAAACAAGGAGGAGUUUGCAGAGUUUGGGGAAUUACUUUGCAAAAAGAUCAAUAUCUACAAAGCCAAGGAAGAGUUCCCUGGAUUUGUUGAUGAUCUUGUCAAAAACAUUAUUGUACAAAUGUCAUCAUUGGAUAUAAAAAGGAUAAAGAUGACAGUGGAUAACCUUUACAUUGAGAAACAGAAAGCUGAGAAGAGCGACAAGGCAAAGAAACCCGCCAAGGGCAAGGGUAAAGCUAAAUUAAAAGUUGAAGGAGACAAUGCCCAUCUUAACCAAUACGACGCUUACGGCAACUUCGAUGAUGACUACGACGAUUUCAUGUAACCUCACAACAAAUAUGGCGUAACCUGGUCUCUGAAUUUAUACCCAUAUUUUAUUUGAAAUAAAGUCCAAUUUUGUUUGAAAUUUUUUAUCCAAACACAACCGUAACGUAUUGCAAAAUUUACAUAAAAAAUAGUAUUAGUUUUUACAAAGAAAUAAAAUAUUUUAUUAUAAUGCUUUGUGUAACCAAUAACUUAAUUUUCGUCUCUUCCUAAUAUUUUAAGUCCAAUUUUGGGUACUGUUAUUAACAAUAGAACUUCCUUCUAUAAAAAGGGAAUGUUACUUAUACCUAUUAAGUGCUCAAUAUAUUUUUUUAAAUAACACUGUUUGGUUAUUUUCAAAUUAGUCAUCAAAAAUCCGUUGUCUAAAU